GCUGGAUUCAGCAAGUUCAAGCACUGGCACUAGUGACACCUAUAGUGAUCGACCCUCAGGCCGCACCAGUGCCUAUACCAGAAGAGCCGCGCUCAGCAGCAGAACAGAAGAUGAUAGUAGCAAGGAUUAUAAAAAGCUCUAUGAGAGUGCCCUGUCUGAAAACCAGAAACUGAAAUCUAAACUGCAAGAUGCCCAGACGGAACUCGCAGAUAUUAAGUCAAAAAUGGACAAACUAGCUCAGCAGAAACAGGAGAAAACUUCAGAUCGUUCAAGUAUGCUUGAGAUGGAAAAAAGGGAAAAACGAGUCCUUGAACGGAAACUUUCUGAAAUGGAAGAAGAGAUGAAGGUUUUCACAGAGCUGAAGUCAGACAAUCAGCGGCUGAAAGAUGAGAAUGGAGCACUCAUCCGAGUCAUCAGUAAACUCUCAAAGUAGCCUAUUGGACAAAGGAUGGGCAGAAAGAGGAGAUUUCUGUGCACAAGCUGCCAACCCUGCCACCGACUUCCGAUCUUCCAGUUGAAAGAACUAUUGGCAAUUUAGCCAUGGACCAGUUGGCAACACACACAGCUCCUUGCACUUGCUGGGCAUUUUUAUUUUGCACAGUGCUUACCCCGCCCUUUUCUUCUAAAAGCAUGCCUCACCACAAGUUUAUUAUUUUUACAAUAUUGAAGUAAUUUAUUCAAAAGGACAAAGAGUGAUUGUCACUGUCUGAACUACUCAAACCAUCUGCUGUAAACCCAAUAUGCAUCCAAACUUAAUCUGAUUUAAAGAAGUAUCUACUGUAAUAAGUGAUAUAGAAGUGACUAUGAUGUCGAUCAAACAUGUCUUAAGAUACUGUCAUGGAAUAGGAAUGGGGAAUGAAAUGGAAUUACUCUUCCUUCUGGAAUUUGGGAGUAUGAGUCUGUGAAAAACUUGUUGGCUUAUUUCUUUGGGAGUCUCAUAAUGUGUCUUGCCCUGGAAAUGCAUAUUCUACAUAUCUCUCAGUACUUGACUGAUUUAUUUAAUGUUAGAUUUGAAAUCAGUUUCAUAUUGGGGCCCAAUAAUUGUUUUUUCCUUUCCAUCUUUCCUCAAGAUGUUUCCUCCUGGUGUUUUCUCUAGAACUGUUUAAUAGAUGAUUACACCUUAUAGCUCUCACAUUUUUAGCAUUCUUUUUCCCCCAAUAAUUCUGAUGGAAGGACAUCCAACAUCAAAAAUUGCUUAGGGUAGAUUUCCACUUGCAGGGUGUAUCUCUGCACAGGAUAUCAACAUAUCUUUUUAUAAGCAAAAUGAUUCAUUUACCACUGAAGUAAUAACAUUGCACAAAAUCAGAGCAAAUAAGUUGGAUUUAAGACAAUGUUCAUUAGGUGCAAAGCUGAAAACACAAAAGCAUUCUCAGAGUUUAACAUGGAAGAAGGCUGGUGGUUUGAGCUGCUUAGUCCUGUGAAAAAUGCUGUCUCAAGUCUUGGUGGAAAACCUUGAUAAAAAUUAUACUACUAAUGUUUGAGACGUUUAAUGCAAUGUUUAAUUUGCACAGUUGUUAGCAAAAAUGCACUUGUCUUUAAUAUCAAUAGUAAGAUCAGUAGCAUUCAUGCCCUGGUUUUUGGUCAUGCUGGAAAUAAAAUGCAUUAACUUCCAUAGAUUCUCAGAAUACUAACGUCUUCAGAGCCUGUGCUUCUCUGGUUAUAACAAUGAGAUUUCACUUGCAGCACUUAAUAUAUUUUUCCAAAUCCUGAUCACUGCUUUUCUUUUCUCUUUUCCUUUGUAUUCCAAAGCAUGAUAUCACAUUUUGAAGCUAUACUUUUUGGUCUGGUUAUAGUCAGCUUUCACAAUUGAUUAGAACAGAGUCUUUGGGAUUUAAGAAAAGCAGCUUAUACAUAGAUACAAGUGAGCAGUAGUACUUCA